AUGCAGUUGUUUUCUGGCCAGGUUGAAGGCAUCGAUGACCGUGGAACCUGCGAGAAGUCGAGUGUACAGGUAGUCGUAGAAGACGAGCAGAACUGGCUGCGGGACGGUCCAAGCCAGGUGAAUUACGUUUGA